UUACCGUAGUGCCGCCGAUAUCGACAUAUCAUUGUCUCACGCUUUCUGAUGUUGAUCAUUCACGUGCAUUGCUAUUGCUGUACAGCCUCAAAAUGUUCAAAUGAUUUCUAGCAUGUUAUGAUCAGAGUUGAUAGAUAAUCGUGCUCUUUGAUACCCAAGCCCUUUACGGCCAUUUGUUGCUCAGAUGAGAAAAUACAGUUCAACAAUAUGUCCCCGAUAUCGGGACUCAACCGGAUCUCCCAUUCCAAUCCUCGACUUCUAAGAACUUGCCACCGGUCUCUCCAUUUCUCAUCCAUCAGACAUUAUCGAGAUGCACAAUUCAGACGCUCUGAUUAUGACGGGCAAGGUUGGACUUCAUCAUAUGAGCCAGGUGCUCCAACAAAAGGUCCCCUAUCUCAAGCUUCUAAACAUGGGGUUCCAAGCCUCACUCCUUUGUCAUUGAAGAAUCAUUUGGAUAAAUUCGUCGUCGGACAGGAUAGGGCAAAAAAAGUCACAUGUGUGGCUAUCUAUAAUCAUUAUCAACGGGUUCGAGAGUUGAGGAGACAGGAAGCAGAGGAACAGGAAAGGAGGGAUCAGUAUAGUAGGAGGCAUCUAUAUGAACGGGAGCGUAAUAGUCAUCCCGUUGAUAAUGAAUACGUUGGUCACGCCAUUCAAACCGCCGACCUGAAUGCUUCGUACCGUGAACGCGAAUAUGAAGAAGAACCCGAGCUAGGUUCCAGACCACUAGAAGACCCUUCUCAAAACCGUACUAUCAUUGAGAAAUCAAAUCUCAUGUUAUUAGGACCGUCUGGUGUCGGGAAAACCUACAUACUCCAGACUCUAGCCCGUGUUCUCGAAGUUCCCUUUGCAACAGUCGAUUGUUCUUCCCUAACCCAGGCUGGUUACAUUGGAACUGAUAUUGAAUCAUCCAUUGAACGUUUGCUCUUAGCUUCGUCCAAUUCCAUCCAAAAAUGUGAAACGGGAAUAAUCUUCUUCGAUGAAAUCGACAAAUUAGCCAAACCGGCUGUUAUGACCCAUGGCCGUGACGUGUCAGGCGAAGGUGUCCAACAGGGUCUUCUCAAAAUGAUUGAAGGAACCACUGUCACUGUAAACGCCAAAUCUGAUAAAAACGCUUCUAACUCAAACCGAAGCAUGGACCGUGGAGGCCGAGAAUCAAGUUCCCCUGCUAGAAGCGAACAAUAUACGAUUGACACCUCAAAUAUCCUCUUCGUAUUCGCCGGCGCCUUUAUCGGGCUCGAGAAAAUAAUCUCUCAAAGACUUUCAACCGGUUCAUCCAUCGGAUUUAAUUCCUCCCUCUCCUCCUCAUCUUCGUCCUUCUUUUCCUCCAACCCAUCAAAAGAAAACCAAAAGGAUAUCCUUGUCCAUGCCACCCCCACCGACCUCCAAGCCUAUGGUCUCAUACCCGAACUUCUUGGCCGAAUUCCAAUCACCACGUCGCUCUCUCCCCUUUCCCUUCCUCAAUUAGUAUCCAUUCUCACCGAGCCCCGCAAUUCUUUGGUCAAGCAGUACACAGCACUGUUUGAAACUUACGGUUCUCAUGGUAUCAUCCUCCAAUUUACCAAAUUAGCACUAGAAGCCAUUGCUUCUCGAGCUCUCUACGGUUCCUCUUCUCCUUCCUCUAAAGAAAACAGAGGAAAAGGAGAAACGGGAACAGGCAUUGGAGCAAGAGGUCUCCGUUCCAUUAUGGAAAAUGUGUUGCAGGAAAUCAUGUUUAUAGGUCCCUCAUCACCUAAUAUCCGUUAUGUCCUCGUGGACGAAGCAUUUGUCAAGGGACUCGAACCUACAUCCACACCAUCCUUAAGUAUCGACAAUGAAGGAAUAGAUGGAAUGGGCGAAACCCGUCUCCCCCGCUGUUUUCCACGCAAUCAGAGAAAUAUCUUCGAAGAAGCAAUCGAGCUCGAAGAAGAGCUAUGGAAACAGCGGAAUGGAAUUUCGGAGAAGCAAAAGGAUGGGAAAGGAGAGAAUGGUGAUGACGACAAAUCCAUGGACAGUUUCCAGGAGUAUAGAGUUGUAGUUGAGAGCGGGAUGUGAGAUCUGAGAUAUGGAAUGCAAAUUGGAAGAUGGGAAGCUCACCCUCGAGUCUCCAUCACAUCCCGCAGAAACCAUGUUCGUCCAGCAGCCAAGAACAACUAAAUCCACAGCCCAACAUAUCAAGAAAAAGAACACAAAGCAAAGAAGAGAACCCAGACUCCAAAUCAGGGCUGAUUCAUCGAUUGAUUCGAAAAAGAAAUACCUAGGUCUUCGAAUAAUCUCGUAUCUCAACCCGCGAGGGAGGAGAGCUGGUUACCACAAUCUAGGUAAUCUAAUCUAAUCCCGAUUCUGAUUUUUUUGUAUCUAUUGUUGAUUUUAUUUUGUCUUCAAUUUCGUCCCUAAUUUCAUCCUCUAUUUCCUGAUCUAUCCAUCUGCACUAUUUGCAUACCUUUAACAUGGAUGAAAGAUUUCACUGUACAGGUACGGAGGUAGGGAGGGAGUUUGGCGCGUAUACUUGCGGGUUUUUGAUGUAAACAAGGGAGAAAGGAAGCAGGGGAGCAGGGGAGCAGGAAACAGGUGAUAGUGAUAGUGAUGGUGAUGAUGAGCGAAUAAUCGUGUAUUUGAAUAGCCUGGUAGCUAGAUAUGGAAAUGAGGAAAUGAUAUUUGACUCUUACGGCUGUGUA